GGGAGGUGAUGUGAAUCAGGCUGGCGGCGAUGGCUGUGGCUGGUUGGAGUCUCCCUACGAGGAGCUGGCGACUCAGCCGCGUCUUCUCUGUAUCCGAGGUUCGGCUGCGGCGCUGCUGGAUGCUGCCUCAGAGGUUUAAAAGAGACCUGAGAGGUAACUUCUUUCCACAGAGGGUGGUGAGUGCCUGGAAUGAGCUGCCAGAGGAAGUGGUCGAGAAUUCAGCUGAAACAGCCCCUUGGAACGACCGCACAGGCAGGCCUGCUGGGACCCACGGAGAGGACGGUGGUGGCUUGCAGGUUAAGGCUUGGCCUGAGUACAUUGAGGAGCGGCUUCAGCGGUUUGAGAAACUGAAGGAAACCCACGACAAAAUCCUACAAGAGAGAGUUUCGAAGGAGAGCCGACCAAUCAAAGUCUGGCUCCCGGAUGGGAAAUGUAUGCAGGGAGAGUCAUGGAAAACCAGCCCUUAUCAGAUCUCCAGAGCAAUCAGCCGGAGUCUGGCAGAGGGGGCAGUGGUGGCCCGGGUUAACGGAGCGCUGUGGGAUCUUCACCGCCCGCUGGAGGGGGACGCGGACGUCGAGCUUCUCCAGUUCGGCAGCGAGGCAGCGAACGCGGUCUACUGGCACUCCAGUGCGCACGUACUGGGUGCUGCCAUGGAGCAGCUCUACGGCGGCUUGCUGUGCCGUGGACCAAACACCGAGUGCGGCUUCUUCUACGACAUGUAUCUGGAAGGCAGGCCGAUCCCCAGGAGUGACUUCCCCCAGCUGGAAAGGAUCUGCCGUUCAAUGGUGAAGGAGAGACUCCGUUUUGAGAGGGUGGAGGUGCGGAGGGAGGACCUUCUCGAACUCUUUGAGUAUAACAAGUUUAAGCUGCGAUUUAUCGAAGACAAGGUGACGUCGCCAAUGGCCACGGUUUACAGGUGCGGGUCGUUGGUUGAUCUGUGUCGAGGACCUCACAUCAGGCACACUGGGCAGAUCAAGGCUUUCCGCAUUGAGAAGAGUGUCGCUGUACACUGGGCUGGGAAUUCUGACAUGGAGCCUCUGCACAGGAUCCAUGGAAUAUCCUUCCCGGAUAACAAGGCUCUGACUGAAUGGGAUCGAUUGCAGGAAGAGGCAAGGAAUCGGGAUCAUCGGAAAAUUGGAAAGGAGCAAGAAUUGUUUUUCUUCCACGAGCUGAGUCCUGGCAGCUGUUUCUUUCUACCCAAGGGAGCCCACAUCUACAACACUCUCACUGACUUCCUCAAGAGGGAGUAUCGGAAGCGAGGUUUUGUGGAGGUGGUGACUCCCAAUGUGUUCAACAGCAAGCUCUGGGAGCUGUCAGGCCACUGGGAUCAUUACAGUGAGAACAUGUUCUCCUUCAAGCUGGAGAAUGAGACGUAUGCUCUGAAACCUAUGAACUGUCCCGGGCACUGCCUGAUGUACGACCAUCGCCCACGGUCCUGGCGUGAGCUUCCCCUCCGGUUGGCUGACUUCGGGGUCCUGCACAGGAACGAGUUCUCGGGGGCUCUCUCAGGUCUGGUGCGCGCCCGCCGCUUCCAGCAAGACGACGCUCACAUCUUCUGUACCUUGGAGCAGAUAGAAGAAGAGAUCAAGGGCUGCCUGGACUUCCUGCAGGCUGUGUACCAGGUCUUUGGCUUCACCUUCUGCCUCUACCUCUCAACUCGGCCAGAGAAAUUCCUGGGAGACGUCGCCAUCUGGGACCAAGCGGAGAAGCAGCUGGAGAAGAGCCUGAAGGACUUUGGCCGGCCCUGGGAGCGGAACCCGGGAGACGGUGCAUUCUACGGCCCCAAGAUCGAUAUCCAGAUUAAGGACGCAAUUGGUCGCAAUCAUCAGUGUGCAACCAUCCAGCUGGACUUCCAGCUCCCAGUCAGAUUCGGCUUGAGCUAUGUUGGGAAAGACGGCGGCAACACAGAGAGACCUGUGAUGAUUCACCGUGCUAUCCUUGGGUCAGUGGAGCGGAUGAUCGCAAUCCUGGCAGAGAACUGUGCAGGAAAAUGGCCAUUUUGGCUGUCACCCUCUCAGGUUAUGGUGAUUCCCCUCGGACACAGCACUGAAGAUUACGCACACCAGGUACACCAGCAGCUCCUGGAGGCCGGCUUCAUGGCGGACAUCAGCCUCGAUCCGGGAUCCACGCUGAACAGGAAAAUCCGGAAUGCACAGCUAGCACAGUACAACUUCAUUCUUGUUGUUGGAGAGAAGGAGAGAUCCAGUGGCACCGUCAGCGUCCGCACAAGGGACAACAGACAGCAUGGGAUGCGGGAUCUGUCGGACACGGUGCGGAGACUGACCGAGCUGAAGGAGCAACGGUGCAGGAAUGCAGAGGAGGAGUUUUAAGGAGGUGCUGGGUAGGGACAGCAUUGUGAGGCUCUCGUGCCGUUGAACGGAUGUGACCCCUGACUACUUCCAGCCCUCUGCCUGCCUGACCAUCGCAGCGGCAAAGCUGCUCGGAAUCUCACCCUGCAUUCGGGGGCAACUGAUCUCCGUUAGCUCGGGGCUUCUGCCAAGGAGCCGUGCGUCCUUGGGAGGCUGAGGAGGAACCGGUUCUGGGGAAGAAGGUGCAAGGGGUGGGACUUGGAGCAGCGGAGAGCUGAGCCAGGGAUGGGAAGGGAGCACCACAGGGUCAGGUGUGCACCAGCCAUUGUCUGUUAUGCUCUUUCUACCUGCUUCACCAUAAAACAAAAACGUGUGCAAGUUGACCAGGUAAGGAGGGGCAUUCUCCUUACCUAUGUUCCUCAGUGCCUCCCCGAGAUUUGGUUCCUCAUUUGCCGUCUGCUUGUUGAUGCCUUGCCCCAAGUAGCCUUUCUUCAGCCUGAACCAAUUAAUUACAUUUUGAAUCCUAUCUGGGGCAGGAGCCAUGGUUCAUGUGAAGCCUCUGUGGCCUUGGGCACACCAGGUACUGGAUAGUCUGACAGUAGAAUCCGUGCGCCAGUGCCUCGACAGAGAUGUGGAGGUCGUCAGACUUUGAAAACUGCUUGUUGUUAAUUCUGGAGACACAAGUCCUGAUGCAGGGUUUCAACCUGACACAUUGGCAAUUCCCUUCCUCCCACAGAUGCUGCUCGACCCGCUGAGUUCCUCCAGCUGAUUGUUAAUUCUGCCUCCCUACUUCCCAUAAAGAUUAAGGCACUCCCUGAGCAGGUUCCUGGCUCAUGUGUUUACUUGACCAUCGAGCAGACAGCCAACAAUUAGAGGAGAGAAAAGUAAUUAAUAAUUCAACGAUUUCUGCAGUUAUAUCUGCAUUUAUACACUAGAGUGAGUGCAAGUGCCUGUGUGCCCACAUGUUUGUAUGUGGGUGCUGUGUCUACAAGAAAGGUUAUGUGUGUGUUUGUUUAAUCAGUGUGUCUGUGUGUAUUCAUGUGCCAGUAUUUGCUGGUGAAUGUUGACUGGGUCUGUGUGUCUGUCUGUGUUUACGUGCAGCCGAUGCAUCCCUUCAUGUAUUUGCAUGCAUCUCCAUGUGUGGGCAUGUGCAUGUAUGUUUGUCUCAGGGUUUGCCUCUGCAGGCCUGUGCGUGUGCCUUCACCAGUGACGAAGUGCAAAUGUGAAGAGGCAGCUUCAGGCACGCCGUUCCGGACUCUGUCUCUCUGCAGUCUGAAAGGGACUGAGUGCAGGUAACAGAACCCAGGCUGGAGCCAGACCUGUCAAAGUAUUCCCGAGCACUGCCAGUGGUGAGAUGGGAUGGUAGGAUUGAGUUACCUGUGGGAAACAGAAGCGGGAAUUUCAGUGAGAAUAAGUUGGGCAGAAUUAUGUAAAUAAUUGUACAGAAUAUCUAAAAUAAAAGUGUUUGGGCAAAAAUAAUUUAUCCUUCUAAAUGACUAACUUUACAAAUUUCUUUGCAACAGCAGCCACCUGUCCAGGAACCACUGCGUUCAGACUGCAGUGAACAUCCCGAGAUCCCGACCAGACCUCGC